CACAAUCCAUAUCAGUCCAAAAAUAAAAACACACAAAAAAUAAAUUUUUAAAAAAAUGUACCGAAUAAUCCGAACCCAAAAAUUACUGAGAAGCACUUUGAACCUGUGCCCAGCAGCUGGUUACAAAACAAAAUCCCUUCCUGACUUGACACAAAAUCGUUAUAAGGUCCAAAGAUUGAACUACACGAAGCCGACUGAUAAGGACAUUUCCUUCUUUGAAUCCGUUCUUCAAGCCCCGAAUGUCCUCACUGACGCUUCUGAGACUCUCGGAUACAAUGUCGACUUUUUAGGCAGCGUCCGUGGUCAAUCCAACAUCGUUCUGAAGCCGAAAACGACGCAAGAAGUUUCCGCAAUUUUGAAAUAUUGCAACGAACGUAACAUCGCUGUGUGUCCCCAGGGCGGAAAUACGGGUCUCGUGGGUGGUUCGGUGCCCGUUUUUGACGAAAUUGUUCUCAGUUCGACGCGCAUGAACGAAAUUGAGGCAAUUGACGAGUAUUCGAAUAUUGUGACGUGUCAGCCGGGUUGCAUUUUGGAAAAUUUGGAUGCCAAAGCGGGCGAACAUGGAAUGACGUUUCCGUUGGAUAUGGGAAGCAAAGGUUCGUGUAAUAUUGGCGGCAAUGCAAGCACAAAUGCGGGCGGAUUGAGAGUCAUUCGGUAUGGAAUGCUGCAUGGUUCGGUGCUGGGCUUGGAAGUUGUCUUGGCAGAUGGGACAAUUUUGGAUCUCAUGUCAAAUUUUAAGAAAGAUAACACAGGAUAUCAUCUGAAACAUUUGUUCAUUGGAUCUGAAGGAACGCUUGGAUUUAUCACAAAAUUGUCAAUUUUAUGCCCGCAAAAGUCAAAAUCAGUGAAUGUCGCCUUUUUUGGAGUCAAAACUUUUGAAGAUGUCUUGAAUAAUUUUGUGAGUGCCAAACGUAACUUGGGCGAAAUUUUGUCGGCAUGCGAAUUGAUCGAUAAUGAAUCGUUAACGUCAUGCACUCAAACGUAUAAUUUGCAGUGUCCGAUCGACAACAAUUUCCCGUUUUACAUGCUCAUCGAAACAAGUGGCAGCAACGAGAAGCACGACGAGGAAAAACUAAACGAUUUUUUGGAGAAACAAAUGUCAAGUAACAAAAUUUUAGACGGCGUGGUUGUCAAUGAACCAAGCAAAAUUAAUAGCAUGUGGCAACUUCGUGAAAAAGUCCCAUCAUCCCUCGUUGAAGGCACAUAUUGCCAUAAAUACGACAUCUCACUUCCCUUGAAGAAUUUCUACCAAAUUGUCGAAGUAAUGCGUGAAAGAAUCGGAAAUCAUCCAAAAUGUCGUCGAGUUACGGGCUAUGGGCACAUUGGAGACUCCAAUUUGCAUCUAAAUAUCCAAUGUGAGGAAUACGACAAAGAUUUGCACAAAAUUAUUGAGCCAUUUGUGUAUGAGUACACGUCAAAAUUGGGAGGCAGCAUUAGUGCCGAACACGGAAUCGGCUUUCUGAAGACUCAAUAUUUGCAAUAUUCGAAAAAACGGGAAGCUGUGCAACUGAUGAAGACCUUAAAAAAGCUGUUUGAUCCGAAAAAUAUUUUGAAUCCGUAUAAAGUGUUGCCGGAAACUGUUAAAGAUUUGUAAAAAAAAAUAAUUAUUUUGUUGUUGUUGACUAUGAGAUUUAUAUUUUUAUGUAAAAGAAAAUUAUUUUUUUAAAUUUAAAAAAAAAAAUUUAAAAAAAAUAAAAGUUUUAUCUUAA